UUUAGCAAAACUUCAAACACAUACUCACUCUCAAAACACAUUCUGCACUCUAAUGCACAUGUCAUGCAUACUGCUAAACACAAGCGGCAACAAUCAAUCACAAAUAGAGCACACAGUCAUGUCAUUGAUUAAACACAACCACUCAAAAUGGAUUUAACCUGUUUCAAAUAAUGUGACACAACCAAUAUUAUGCCAGUUCACUGUUGUAUACAGAAGUAUAGUGCAUUUUAGGCUGUAUACUGUACAAUGAACAUUAUAUGGCUCUGAACAUUGUGCUUUCCUUUUGUUAACACAGUACUGACUGCUUUACAGUUUUACAGUAUCACAGAAACAAAGGACAACUUUGUGAGAUGCAGGGUACAGUACUGUAAAAAAUAGGGGUAAAAAAUCUGGGCGCAAGAUAACAGUCAGUCGUCGUACGUCAGCCGCGUCAGUGGCUUGUUCGACUUUAUGCAGUGCCGCAGUCAGAUGACGUCAAACCGCGAGAGCUAUUCAAGAAAUCGGAGUAGUCUAAUUUCGACUAGCUCUCGUGGUACUUCGACGUCAUCUGCCUGUCAGUUCUUGCAGCGCAGCUUGAAGUCGAACACACACAAAAAGUCACACAAAGAUUGUUGAACUCGUUAUCUAAUUGGCUACAUGUUUUGUCUAUCAAUAUCGAUGGCGCUGUUUGGAUUAUCUAUUUUACUACCUCCCUACUUUUACAUACAAAUAAAGGCGGGUUCAUGUGUUUACCGGAACCUAAAGUGUAAUCUCAUAUAUACAGUGUUACGACAUAAAUAGUCAACUACAUAUGAUGGUACAUUUUGCGGUUGAAAAUGGCUUGUUUUUCCUGAGAUUCUAGCGUGCAGCGGGAGGGGGCGUCAUUGUCUGUGUGUAUUUACAUACUGGAUAACGGCUUUUGAUACUUUAGUUAUGGACCCGCCCCCCAAAAGAACAGCUUGGCUACUUAAGCAGCACUCUGACAGGGUCAAUCUGAUAUCAUCAUUCAAUGAAGAUGGACACCGCAAAGACUGUCGCAGACGAGCUGAACCGUGGAUGUUACGCCGAAAGUGUUUUGAAGUACUUCUUCGACAAGCCGGAUGCUUAUGAAGACGGGCUCACUGAUUCUGAAGACGAUCUGAGCGACGAUGAAAGCGACAUGAUACGACUGGAUAAUAUCCCUAAUCUACAACUGAGCGAAGAUGAAGACGAAGACGAGGAAGAAUGUAUCGGGCUGGCGUCAGAUGAGUUGGACCGCAAGAUAUCAGAGGCUAUAUCGGUUGUAACAUUUGAAGGUGAUGAAGACAGAGAAAUGUUGAAAAUCCGAAACUUUGACUGUAAAUGCUUCACGAGGAGAAAGGAGAACUCUCUGCAUGUGAGACAGUCCUGUAGCCAGAAGCUUUCUCCAGACAUUAUGUACAACAUACGGCUGGAUUCUUUAGCCGCGGAAAAAGAGUGGCAGGACAUGCGAAUUAUUGGACAUUUAGAGGCAAACAGACGCACAGUGCUAAGUUCGGAAAUGAUUACAUCCACAAAGAAGACACCGGCAAAGAGAAUGUGUGCCCUAACGACUUAUUUCAUUGGAGGCAACGAGAUCUGCAAGAAUACUUUUCUGUUUCGUAUGGGCAUUGGGAGAGACAUCCUGGCUGAUAUAGUCAAACACUAUGAGGAGAAUGGGGCAAGACCACGUUUGAGGAAGAAACAUUCACUGCCACGUCCACCAGCCAGGUUCAUCAGCCCUGAGGACAUCAACAGAGUUGUGGACUUCAUAAAAAACUAUGCAGAAGACAAUGCCAUCUUGCUGCCUUGCCGACAGCCUGGGCAUAAGGAUUGGCAUGUGAAGUUGCUGCCAACUCGUGUGUCCAAGGCAUCAGUGUGGCGUCUCUAUGUGAAGUCUGCUAAAGAACUUGGUGAGCGUGCUGUAUGUAAAACCAGCUUCAAAGCACUGUGGAACUGACUUCUCCCACACAUCAAAAGUUGCCGGCCGCGCACAGAUCUUUGCUAGCAGUGCCAAAGCAAUAACGAGCAGCUGAUACGAAGUGCAAACCUCCCAGAUGAUAGAAAGUCUGAAGCAGUAAAGAAGCAACAUGAUCAUCUUUCUCUUGUACAGAAAUUUAACCGGAUUUAACCGUGACAUUACCCCCCCCCUCAAAGAGUGGCUACCAGACACUCAAGACAAACAUAAAAAAGUCUGGUAGGGUGGAUCCAGGGGAGGGACGGAGGGCUCGGAGACAACAGCAGAGCCGGCGGAAGCCGGGCGAAGCCGGCAGGGUAAAAGCCGGGGUAAAACCGGUAGGGCAGGAAGUCGGGGAAAAGCCGGGAGAACCGGAGCGGCCAUCUCAGGGACCGGCUCUGAAGACUCGAUCCUCCUGGGAACCGACAGGGAUCCGAUAGUCCUGGGAGUCGACUCCCAUUAUAUCGGGGAAGCGGGCGUCCACCUGAUCGGCAUGAGUGGAAGCCUAUAUAAACAUGCAGCUAACUCUCCCACGUCCUUCGACAGAUCUUAGCAUGGCCGGAAGGCCUGGCAGCGGCGGAAUCCAUGGCAAGAAAAAAGGGGAAUUAACUCUCAAUUUCCACUGAACCCCUCAACACAGCUUUCCUUUACUCUGCGUGAACAUGCCUCCAUCAGCGGCACAGACUCAGCCAGCACAGGCUUCUCUAUCUCUAUCUAAUUCUCUCCUCUGUCCGUGGCCCAACUGUAGCG